AUGGCUGCGUCCUACCAACACCGCAGCGCUGGCCGCAGCGAGGACUGUAUGGAUACAGCAUACGAACAUCGCAGCCCGAAGCCUUCAGCGUCACAACAGAGUAGUGCCUCGCUGGCAACGAGAUUGAACGACGAGUAUCGUGCGGGCACGACCUCGACACAGCAUCGAAACAACAACAGCAAUAGCGGUAACAGUAGCGCUGCUUACGCCUCACGACCGACUGGACGAACAUCAGACGAGAUCAUGAGCUCCUAUACGACGACGUCGACGGCCUCAAGGCAAAGGUCAGCAUCUGGCCAUAGUAAACUUCACAAGCGGGCCAGUUCUGGCUCAUCACUGCCGUCACUGCCCUCACCUAUGGCUCACUCACAAUUUACCACGCCUUUCGCCACAUACGAAGAACCACAGCACGACGUCUCACCAGUGCCAUCAUCGACUUCCACCCCUAAGCUCAAACUGUACAUUCGCAAGAUGUCGACGUCAAAGCAAGAAGACCAAGGCAGACUUGACCUAUCAAAGUCUACUUUAGAGAAUGAGAGACUAGCGGGACUCGGGAUACAAGAGCUGGGUCAACGGUCAGUGUCGGAUGUAUCCAUUUCGCAUGCGGCCAGGAGAGGUACAGGGCAUGGUAGGACGACAAGCGGCACUUCACAAGCGUCGACAAUCUCGGGUUCAUACAAGCCGAAUUUGCCGUUCGUGCAUCCCAUGAGGCAGACGCCGAGACCAUAUGGAAACACAGGCAGUGCGAAUGCAUCAUUUGUGCACGAUGAGGAGGCAAGCGAGAGUGAUGAUCUGGUCGAUGUCGAUGACGACUUCAGAUUAGGGCAUGGAUUCAGAUCACGGCGAAGUGUGUCCAUUUCGUCGGUACCAGCCAUUGCACCCACGCCCUUGUCGCAGUCCGUGACUGUCGACGAUUUGGGCAUGGUACCAAAGCUCACCAGCGCCUCACAAACCAAUCUGUCCAUAAAGUCUGGUAAAUCCGGGAAGUCAACCAAGUCACGACACGGCAGACCAAGACGUGAGACAGGUCCGUCUUUCGAGCAGCCGUCAUCUCGCACAAGUUUCGACAAAGCUUUCAGCUUCGUGUCUAGACGAUCGGAUCCCGAACCGCGAGACCGUGACGAACGUAUACGAGCCGCACGCCGCAAGUUCGAGGAGAAGGAAGCCAUCAAGGACCGAAAGCUCGAGCAGGAAUACUCAAAGCGUCGACAAUCUGAGGAUGCCAAGCGGGCAAAACAACAAGGCAGACAAGCACGUAAAUCAGAAGCAAGUGAGCGACCGAAGCUUACGAAGCAGAACCGAAGUGGUGGCGAUGGUCGAGGCCCUCCGCGGAAGGACAGCAAGAAUGACGAAUUGACUGAGAAAGUGCCUUCACGAAGCUACGAUGAGUUCAGGCCUGCACAUCAGAUGUCUCUACCUCGGCACGGACAGGAAGCAGGCAUGUCGGAGAAGACUGCGCGACCUUCUGCGCGCAGAGCAAAUCCUCAGACGGGCUGGGUGAAAUUCUCGGCUUGGUGGCAGACGAGGAUGUUGAAAUGCGGCGGUCGAUGA